AUGGAGUGGACGGAUGUCGAAGAGGAAGAUAGUGAAGGAGAAGGCGAGGAUGAGCAAGUGGAAGAGGAAGUCUUCUCAUCAGGCGAAAUCGAUGAAAAGACGGACUAUGACGACUCGAGAAGUGCGAGAGGUUCAGCAGAAGACGAAGUGGAAGAGGAAGAAUGGACAGGGUUAAGUGGCUCCUUGCAGGCUGUUCAGGACGAUACCGCUAGCUCUCCAUCUCAACCUAAGCCUACCUCACAGCAACCUAUACCAGGCGCACGAUACAUCCCACCGCACUUGCGCAAUCGCCCAGUCGGGUCCGAGGCGGAAAAGCUCUCAGAGGAGCAGAUGAAGCUGCAAAGGCAGCUCAAGGGUCUACUCAACAGGAUGAGCGAGCAGAACAUCUCGUCCAUUCUCGAUGGCGUGGAGGAGAUCUAUAGGAACCAUAGACGAAACGAUGUCACUUCUACGCUCACGGCGCUCAUUGUGGACGGCAUAUCCUCGCAUUCCAUGCUCCUCGACACCUAUGUGGUUCUUCAUGCUGUGUUCGUAGCUGCCUUGCAUAAAAUAGUGGGCGUCGAGUUCGCUGCCUACUUCGUCCAAAAUGUGGUCGCGUCUUACGAGAAGCAUCUUACGUCUGCGGAGACUCAUUUCACGAGCGAGUCCCCCGCUGUAGAUGGUCAAGGAACACAGGACGACACCCGUGGAAAGGAAGCUUCCAAUCUCCUUGUUCUUUUAUCAGAGCUCUUCAACUUCAGCGUCAUCUCUCAUGUGCUUAUGUAUGACCUCAUCCGCACCCUUCUCUCCGAGCAGCUUAAUGAGCUGCGCGUCGAGCUCGUCCUCAGGAUUGCGCGCGAUGCAGGCCAGCAGCUGCGCUCGGUUGAUCCGACGGCUCUCAAGGACAUCAUCCAGAUUGUCCACACGAAAUUGCCGUCGGACUCGAAGACGAUGAGCUCGAGGACGAGAUUCAUGGUCGAGACACUGACCAGCUUGAAGAAUAACAAGGCGAAGAAGGUUGCUAGUGGCGCAGCAGGAUUAGCUGGCUCGGAGGCUGUCGAGAGGAUGAAGAAGUUCCUGAGUGGACUGAACAAGAAGAAGCAUGUCAAGACUCAUGAACCUCUACGUGUCUCGCUGGAGGAUCUCCACUCCGCCGAAAGUAGGGGUAAAUGGUGGCUUGUCGGUGCAGCUUGGGGCGGAGAUCCGCUCGUCGAUCGUCAGCAAGAGAACGCAGGCGGCGAUUUGGCAAAGAAGAUGGAGCCCACCGAGAACGUGCUUCUGAAAUUAGCUAAGGAACAAGGCAUGAACACAGACAUCCGCAGAAGUGUCUUUGUGGUUCUUAUGAGCAGCGAGGACUAUGUCGAUGCCUGCGACCGCCUGUCACAGCUCAAGCUGACCGAAGUUCAGCAACGCGAGAUCGUCCGCGUCGUUCUGCACUGCUGCGGCAAUGAGAAGUUCUUCAACCCGUACUACGCCUUUGUCAUCCAACAUCUGUGCCGGAAUGCGCAUUCAUACAAGAUCACCCUUCAAUUCUGCUUGUGGGACUUUCUGCGUGACCUUGGCGAGACGAACGUCGGAGGUGCGGAGGUGCUCAAGAACAUCGGGGAUGACGUCGUUGGCUUUGACGUGAAGAAGAUCUCGGAUACGAGAAUGAGAAAUGUUGCGAGAGUGUAUGCGUGGUGGUUGGCGAAGGACUGUUGCACGCUAGCGAUCCUGAAGCCCGUCGACUUUACAACCAUUAGACCGCCGACACAACGCUUCUUCAAAGAGUUUUUCACGCAUCUCCUUAUCAGCACCCAGCUCUCAACACCGCUGCUCACUUCCGACCUAGAAGACUUCCCGACCACCCGGAACAGAGGGCCCAUCGAAGAAGUGUUCAUCAAGGUAACACGGGUACAGACACUUGCGUACGGCCUGAUUUACUUCCUUGGUGAAGUUUUCUGUCACGGAACGGGGGAAACAGGCGAAAAUGAUUUCCUUAAGUGGGCGAAUAAGGUCGCUCUCGGCACACUCAGGACGGGUGUGGAUAUUGUGGCGGGCCUGUGA